AUGAGCUGCCCCCGGCUCCCCGCGCUGCCCGCGUCCUGGCCGCUCGCGGAGCGUGUGAUCCGGGGGGGCGGCUGCCCGCCGCGGGGCAGGAUGGUGCGCGUCGCCAGCGCGCUGGGACUCAUCAUCUUCAGCGUGGCGCUGCUCAUCCUGUCGCUCAUCAGCUACGUGUCCAUCAAGAAGGACUUCCUGCUCGGAACGCCCAGAUACGGAGCCAACGGGGGGCCCAGGGGGACCUACAUGUUCCACGCCGGGUUUCGUGAGAGGCCGCCUCGCAAACCCGACCUGAGCUCCCAGCUGGCCAUGAAAUAUCUGGACCCAGCUUUUACCCCUCUGACCAAUGCGCUGAGCGAGGAUCUGCAGAACUCCUCCAAGUGGAGGUACAACAGCUCUGCCUUUGGACAGCUGAGGAGUGAGAUAGCUCAGUACAUCGACAUCCCCCACAACUUCACGCUGACCCGGAGCUCGGUCAGGGUGGGCCAGCUGAUGCACUACGACUACUCCAGCCACAAGUACGUCUACUCCAUCGGGGAGAACUUCCGCUCGCUGCUCCCCGAGGCCUCCCCCAUCCUCAACAAGCGCUACAACGUGUGCGCCGUGGUGGGCAACAGCGGCAUCCUCACCGGCUCGCACUGCGGGGCCCAGAUCGAGAAGUUUGACUUCGUCUUCCGCUGCAACUUUGCCCCGACGGAGAUCUUUAAGAAGGACGUUGGGCGUCGGACCAACAUGACCACUUUCAACCCCAGCAUCCUGGAGAAGUACUACAAUAACUUACUGACGGUCCAGGACAGGAACAACUUCUUCCUCAGCCUGAAGAAGCUGGAUGGGGCCAUCCUCUGGAUCCCAGCGUUUUUCUUCCACACCUCGGCCACGGUGACGAGGACACUGGUGGACUUCUUUGUGGAGCAUCGGGGGCAGCUGAAGGUCCAGCUGGCUUGGCCCGGGAACAUCAUGCAGUAUAUCAACAACUACUGGAAAACCAAACAGCUGUCGCCGAAGCGCCUCAGCACGGGCAUCCUGAUGUACACGCUGGCCUCCUCCAUGUGUGACCAGAUCCACCUGUACGGCUUCUGGCCCUUCGGCUGGGACCCCAACACGGGCAAGGAGCUGCCCUACCACUACUACGACAAACGGGGCACCAAGUUCACCACCAAGUGGCAGGAGUCCCACCAGCUGCCCGCCGAGUUCAAGCUCCUCUACAAGAUGCACACCGAGGGCCUGCUGAAGCUCAGCCUCUCCCACUGCGCGUAGGGGCCCACGUCCAGAGCUUCCAGGGGUCAGACAUUUACAGACGAAAGGCCAGAGAAGGUGCUAUACGCGGCGUUUUAGCACAAAUGAAUUCUCAACCGUAAGGCCGUUUGGAUCAAGGGGUAAAGUCUAGUCCGACAGGUCCAGAAGCGAGGAGGAACUUCUUUUUCUACUUAAAGUUCUACUUAAAGUUAAACAACAAUGAGGAGUUUUGCUUUUGAAUGGACUUUCAGGAACCUUUUUGCGCUUCAAACUUAUAUCUUUUCCCAUGAAACAGCACACACAAAUGAGUGAAUUCACUAUUUAGAAUUGAGACCAUGUUCAGGCCACUUGGAACCCUCGUUGAUGUGGUUUUGGUCACAUCUAGGGGGCACGGUGUUAUAUUGAAGCACAGUUUUUUGGUUUAAAGGUGACGCAUUUUGGGAUAACAUAUCUUAUGUUUACCAAACAAGAACGUCAGGAAUAAAGUUAUCGAAUAAUGCAUCCUGUGCCAAUCCUGUUACUAGGUCACAUUUAGUGCAUUUGUCAUUCUUGACUUUGAGAUCUUUAAGAAAAGCAGUCAUAUCAUUCAGCACAGGACUCAGAAAACAUCAGUUAGUUUCUCAUAUAUUUUUCUAAUGUUGGAUUUAUUUCAGUGACGACUACUGGGAUGUAGAAGCAGUAAUAAGCAAGAAAUCGCAGGAUUUCUCAAAUAUUUUCUGAUUUGGUGACAUGACAAAGUUAUUUCUUUACAGUUAGAGGACUAUGAAGUCUGUAAAGUCUAUGUCAGAUCCUCAUAUCUUUAUAUUUUAUUCUCAAACAGCCACGUUGACGUUGGGAUAAACCCUGAAAGAGAGAACUCUGUUUUCCUGGUAAAACGUUAGCUCAAUAAUAAUAAGCUUUGGCCUAAUGUAUAAAGGGCAAACAACAAGACUGUGAACACAGCUACUUGAAUUAACAAAAGUGCAACAGAACGCUGGUGAAGAGUGAGUUUCUUCAUGUUUUGUACGUUGGCUAGGAGCAUAGAGCGUCAUGGCGGCCAUCACUGUCAUGGCGGCUGUUAUUGACCCGGGAAUUUUCUUAUUCCAUUUAUUACAGUAAAUGCUAGCAUACGACAGCUAGACCUCCAGUCAUCGCAAAAGCACUCCAGCUAGCUAUAGAUAGGGAUAGUUACAAAACGUUUCGCAGGGAAGCUGUGAGUUAGCAACACCUGAUAACAAACAAUGUAUUUUGAUUAAAUGUAGUGUAAAAAACUAAUACAGCUUCACUCAUAUCAGUCCAUGUGUACCAUUAAUAAUUGCAUCAUUAAACAAUUGUACUUGAAGGCCUACUUCUUUUUUUUUUUACAUAAUCGUGCUGAUAAUGUGAAUGAAACAUGCUAAGAGCCUGCUCACAGUAGUGAGUUAUCAGAACAGACAGAAUGUAACCAUCAAACUAGAAAACAUUCAGUUUCCAAAGUACAUUUUGAUUUAUGCAUUCAGGAAAUGCUGUGCGUCUAACAAGGAUUCACGAGAAUGAACAACCCAUUGCAUUUUUCAAAACAACUUACAAUAAACUGCAACGGCUCGGUGAAAUUGGUGGUGGAAAAAAUGGCUCCUUUGAACAAGUUGUACAUCUUCUUAAUUAGCUUAAUUGCAGAUAUUGAGUUAAUUACUUUUAAACAUAAGAAUUAAUUAAAAAAUAAUUACUUUGAAGAAACACUUAACAAGAUAAAGAUCUGUAAAAGGUGGAAUGAAUUUAUUAAGAGAUGUACAGUACUUUUCGAGGGGAAAUUGGAAUGGCUUGGUUAAGAAGGAACUUUUUAUUUUACACCCCUGAGAAGAGGAACAAUUUUUCCGUAACAUAACACCUUUGAAUUUUCCAACACAGUCUAUAAUAUUGCACAGUAUCUGUUUUGUCUAUAAGUAGAUAUAGUCCCAGACGACAAGUUUAGUUAUAAGUUUCCUCAUGUCUCUGUUUUUACUGUCUGCUCUGUUCUGUUUCAUGUCAAUGAAGCUGAAACUGAGAGGAAUGUCAAAUUUUUCUUAGUGUUGUCUUUUUGAUUCAACAUUUCUUUCUUUAUUGAGACUGCAGAGUUGCUUAUGCUAACUGUAAAGAAAUGUACUUGAAUUAAGAAAGCUGCACAGGUUAUUUUUGACCCCAAAAAAGGUUCUUGAAUUUGCAAACCGCUUGCUUGACUAAACAAGUCGACCAUAUACUUAAUAACAGAGUGAGUUUAUUUCAGACUGAAACAUCCACCCAUGAAUAUGUCACACACUGAUGGCAUCAACAGAACCAGCAAUAGACAAGAGUGGGAGCUAGUUUUUGCCAAAAUUUUGCAAGCGUUUUUCUUAUUUCUUUUCUGAAUGUCUGUGUCAUAAUACACAUCCAAUAACUAAACUUGCUGGACAUCACCAGAAUUCGAGAGCUGUAAAGGGGUUAGAGCUUAAGCUUUCUGGCGAUAGCUAAUACAGAGUACUGACAUGCUAAUAUUGUGAUAUUGUGUUAAAGAGCAUUUUAUGGAUGAGGCAGACCUGUUUAGCACUGGACCUAAAGUGACCAUCGCAAAUGAACAUCAGUGCAAAAAAAAUGUUUGAACCGCUUUAUUAAACGUAAACGUAAUCACAAUAACCACGCCCUGUCAAACAGCCAAUGUUAUCUAGCAGGUGGCGUAGCCUAUUUCAAAAUGUUGCUUAAUAAUACGGAUUUGUGGGUUGAAAGAAAUAAUUUUGUGACAUGUUUCUGGUGAUUUUAAUAUAUCUUUUAACACAAGAAAAACCUAUCUAGAAAUUCAGCACUAACAAGACUAAUAGUUUGAUUAAUGGAUGAAUUAUAUAUAUAUAUAUGUAUUUCUAUGUACAUAUAUAGGUGUGUGUGUGUAUGUGU